GUUCAAGGUAUUGUUGGUUUUGGAGCAGCGAGACACAAAUAUAUCAAAGACCUAAUUUGGUACUUUAACUUUCACCUUUCAAAUGCAGUUAAAUUCGAAUCGAUCCAACCAAUUCAUUAGUUACUACUAUUUUUAUUUUGUUGCAUUAUUUUUGGUCGUCACGUUAUCUCUUGGUCAACUUGACCUGGUAAGACUCAUAGUUUCUAGAUAUGUCAAAAUUCUUAAACUCCAUUGUCGAUCUAAUUGUUCCUAGUUGGUAGAUUCCCGGGAAAACGAAGCAAGAAAAGUAGAGCUAUUGUUCGAAGUCUUUUGAUUAUUUAAAUAAAUUCCUCUGAAAUUUUCACAAAACUCCUUUAAUAUUAAAAAAUGGCUGCGUCAAAGAGACUAAAAGCUUGAUUCUCACCGGAGACGAAGAAAUUGCCCAAAAAAUAUUCAUAAUACUGACGCCGGAAUCACUCUUCUUCGAGUUUAAACAAGCAAAACCCUAGAAGCUGGUCUUCGUCGGAGAAUUUUUGUUUUUUUUUUCCGAUGAGGACAAGCGGUGACGUUUAUGGAGCAGAUACUGGUUCCUCAAGAAGUGAUGAAGACAGAGGCUUUAAGGAGGAUCUCAAUGAAUCCGCUACUAGCCCGAUGAGAAAUCGCCUAGACGAUUCGAAUUCACGACCUGGUUCUCAGAGAUUCGUCAAGAGCUCGAGAAAGGAGGAAGAGACUGAUUCAGAUUCUUCUUCUUCUAAGAACACAACCACCAGAAACAACCCAAUUCAGUACACUGAUAAACAACAAGCCGAGCUUUUGAGAAAGCUUGAUUCUAUUAAAGAUCAUCUUCUCCGUGGUGGAGGUAAUAAUGCUACUGUUGUUGAUCAGCCACCAAUGGGUUUCCAUGCCCAUCAUGGACCUCCUCCUUCUUAUUACAAUCCAUACCCUGAGCCAUUUCCUUAUGGAAUGUAUCCUACCGCGAGUAACCAACCUCAUGUUCCAGCUUAUAGAGACCCUUAUGGAUUCCCAGUGCAUAGGAUACCUCAAAACUUUUAUCAAGGACCAAGUCAUUACCCUAAUCAGAUGCCGCCUCGUCCACCCUAUCCUCAAGGACAGUAUGUAGACAUUGGCUCUGAUAUACUUGAGUCACAGUUACAGGACCCUAGAUUCUUUCCGGGUACGCCAAGUAGGUAUGGUGAUGUCCCAUUUAGCCCGGCUUUGCACCACGGUGAGAAAGUUGGACCCUUUAGUCCACAUGGUGGUGUUCACACGAGGUGGCCUAGUGAAAUUGAUUCUGAAAUGGGUGGUGCUUUUGCUCGUGGGUAUGUUCAACAAGCUGUGUCUGAUACUGAUUCACGUCGUUGCCAUCCUCUAGCAGGCGGUGCGCCUUUUAUUGCUUGUCACAGUUGCUUUGAGCUGCUAUAUGUGCCUAAGAAGAAGCUUCUUGGUCAGGAAAGGCAACAAAAGAUGCAAUGUGGUGCUUGUUCUGAGGUUAUCACGUUCAGAGUUGUUGAUAAGAAGCUUGUUUUCUCAUCUUCUGCCCUGGGGGAAACUACGAACCGGGUUUCUGUAGAGGUUGAAGAUAGAAGCUCACCAAUCCCUGUGGUAGAUGAUUAUCCACUCAAUGAUGAAGAACCAAGAAUACACCAGGAAACGAAAAUUGUCCAUGCUGUAUCGCCUAGUGAUCACUCAAACGAUGAAGACAGGUCAAGCAUUUCUAGUGAGCCGCGGAAACAGGUCGUCAAGUCUGUUCGCAGCAGAGCCCAAGGCGCGAAGGUUCCUCCUCCUCCUCCUCCGGAAAAGUCCAAUCUUCUUGAGCUCUUUGAGUAUUCUAAUGUAAACCGAGCUGCAAUCACUUACGGAAUGGCGCAGUUAGGGUACUAUAAGCAAGAAUCAUACACGAAACAAGACUCCCUGAAAUCAGAAUCAGUAGCUACUGAGACAGAUGUUUCUUAUAAUGAGUACUAUACUAACACCGAGGAGUCUGAAGAUUCAAGGAUCUCAAAAGCCAGCAAAGAAGGGAGACGACCAAGAAACCGAAAGCAGAGUAGUGAGCACAGUUUCGCAGAGGUCACAAAUAAUAUCAGUUCUAACGACCAAAACAACGAGCAGCUAGAGGUUUGGGUGAAUGGGUAUCUGAUACCAGAAGAUCUGGUUAUUAGCGCUGAGAAACAAGCUGGGCCAGUUCAAGCUGGCAAAUACUGGUAUGAUUACCGUGCUGGAUUCUGGGGAGUGAUGGGAAACCCUUGUCUCGGUAUAAUACCACCAUUUAUAGAGGAGUUUAGUCGACCAAUGCCGGAUAACUGCGGUGCAGGAAACACGAGUGUGUUUGUAAACGGAAGAGAGCUUCACGAGAGAGACCUAGAGUUACUAUCAAGUAGAGGUCUUCCUCGAGGCAAGAACCGUUCUUACAUCAUUGAUAUAGCAGGAAGAGUUCUUGAUGGAGACUCUGGUGAAGAACUUAAGAGUCUUGGCAGAUUAGCUCCAACGGUUGACAAGGUGAAGCAUGGAUUUGGCAUGAGGGUUCCAAGAUCAUUAGUCUCGUGAAGCUUCGUCAGCUUUGUUUUGACCUCUCUGAUUUGUAAAUUAUUCUUUGUGAUUGAUAUAUAACACAUCUUUGCUUAUAUUCUGACCCAAAACUUAUUUGCUAUUCUGUUUUUGGGUUUAGUUUCUUUUUUGGGGGUUCUCUUACAAUGUUCCAUUCUUUCUCUUACUUUUUUUUUUUUUGUCUAAGAGAUAAACCGUAUGGUUUUAUAUCUUGUGAUCUGGUUUAUGUAAAUUGAUCAUUUUUUAUUGUGGAUAACCUGUUGCCUGUUGGGAAAUAAAAUAAUAUUUGUUUGAUUUUGUGACAAAA